UACUCGAAUGGCUCUUUAUUGUCACAUCACAAACUGACUGCAGUAUCAUCCUCAUAUCUAGCCCCAAAACCGCAUACGACUGCUCAGCAACAAUUGCAGUCGUCAUCGAACCACUUAAAGCCAUAUCCAUCUAACACUACCCCUCCACCAUGUGCAUACAAUCCGAACCAACGUAAAAGCACCACUUGGUUGAAUUAUCGGGUGCGUGUCUCUGGCCCUUGUACGUUUCACUUAAGUAAUUUCCCCAUUGACAGUCAGGAAUGUACACUGAUAUUCGAAUCGUAUUCAUAUAAUAUUGCUGAGGUAAGAUUAUUGUGGCAAGAAUGGGAUCCAGUCCGUGUGCCGGAUCCGGACGAUUUUCGAUUGCCCGACUUUCAAUUCUACAAUGUCACUUGGGGUCGGACAAUGGAGGAGUAUACGGCUGGUAUGUGGGAUCAACUUAAAGUGACUUUGAGAUUCAAACGACUGUAUGGUUAUUAUGUUCUACAAAUGUAUUUACCAACAUAUCUGUCUGUAUUUAUAUCGUGGAUUGCAUUCUGGAUUGAUUCCAGAGCAUUACCAGCACGUAUUACCCUCGGUGUCAGCUCACUUAUGGCGCUUACCUUUCAGUUUGGUAACGUUGUCAAAAAUCUACCUCGAGUAUCUUUCGUAAAGGCAAUUGAUUUGUGGUUUUUCGUGUGUGUCGCAUUUAUAUUCUUCAGUCUUGUUGAGCUAGCUGUAGUGGGCUUUGCAGAUCGAUUGACUGAUUUACGCACAAAGGCUGAACGUUGCAAUAUACUUCGGUGUCGUACUCGUAAAAAAAAUGUCUUAACUGCAAGGUAA